UAGCUCGCUGUGUGGUAGUCUACUUGUAGGGUACAUUGUGUACACACGCACGGCAUUUAAUACAGAGAGUGUUAGAAAUUUCGGCACGCGCGGGCAACUCGUCUCGUCGAUUUUCAAGUUGUAUACGGUUCAAUUACUACGUUAUUAAAAAAUGAGUAUGCUUGGAUUAAUUGUGUCCGGUCGUCUGGUUCAGACUGACUUUCAACCCGUUAGUGAUCAUCAGUUUUUAAUAACUGUACCCGAUGCUGAUGACAUCAAUCACAUUGUUGUUUUUCUAACUGGAUCAAUUCCACUUGCAGAAGGCAUGGGUGGUGCUGUGUACUUUAGUUGGCCUGAUCCCAGUGCACCACCAAACUGGCAGUUCUUAGGAUACAUAACAAAUCACAAACCUUCAGCUAUAUUUAAAAUUUCUAAUUUGAAAAAAAAUCAUGAAUUUGAGAAUAAUAAUUUAAACAUCUUUGGAGGGAAGAUAUCUCAUGUUGCACAAAUAGGUGUGUCAGUUGAGCCAUUGAAUAUCAUAGAACAGCAAGCCAUGAUGGCUUCAGCCACAUUGAAUGCAAACCACGCAAAUACAGCCCUAUAUUCUGCACAAAAAAUUGUACAAAACUUCUUGAAUUACGUAUCGAGCUUCUCAGUGACGCAAUCACAAAUGACGCCAAACCCUACAGAAAAUUUUGUGCCUCUAUCGUCUAUACAACAGUGGUAUCAAACGUUCGAAAGAAGACUGCAGCAAAAUCCAAAUUUUUGGAGAGAAGGAUAGAGAAAUUUGUAAUUAGAUUCCCAAUUACUUAUGCUCUGCUUUCAAAAAGCAGAAAGUAACAGUGUGUGUAUGUGUGUGAGUGUAAUUUUCUACACAAUCAAUUCAGCGAACAUCUUAUACAUUUUGCACGAGCAUCUGUAAACGAUAUAAAUAUUUUUAUAAAAUUUUGUGUAUAAGUUUUACCUAGUUUUAAAGAUAAACGAAUGUUUUUGUAAUGCAGACAAAUUUGAAAAUUUGAAAGAAACAAAUAACAUUGUACAGAAAUACCGUGUGUAAUUUUUGUCUCCAGUUUUUAAAUUAAUUUAAAGAAAAAAAAAAAAACUUUAUUU